CUCUCUCCCUCGGCUGCACUCCCUGACCCGCCUUUCGCGGACUAAAGGUCUACACACUAUUUAUAACUAUAGCCAACAGUAUGCUCACACUGGCGCCCCUCUAACAGGAAAACGCCCCAUUUACUGUAAGUCAGCCGGGCCCGUGAGCAGUGCACUAGCGUCGGGGUCGCCGUGCAGAAACCUUGUUUUACUUUCGCUUUCGAAACGCACAGAGGAGCCGCAAGCAAGGCAGCCUCGCGCGUGUCGUUGCAGCUGUUGGAAAGAUGACAUCAGUGCCCAUGGAGGGACCAGUGUGCCUGGUGGACAAUGGACCAGACGGGAAGAUGAGUGUCCAGCAGGGGGCUCUGCAGAUCCUGGAGCAGAUCCAGCAGCCGGUGGUGGUGGUGGCUGUGGUGGGGCUCUACCGCACGGGGAAGUCUUACCUCAUGAACCGACUGGCUGGGAAACAGUCAGGCUUUGCUCUGGGCAGCACCAUCGAGUCCAAAACCAAAGGAAUAUGGAUGUGGUGUGUACCUCACCCAAAGAAACCAGGACACACACUGGUCUUGCUAGACACUGAAGGUUUGGGGGACGUGGAAAAGGGCGAUGAGAAACAUGACACGUGGAUCUUCUGUCUGGCUGUUCUCCUCAGCAGCACUCUGGUCUACAACAGCAUGGGUACCAUUGACAACAAUGCCCUGGAGAAACUACAGUACGUGACAGAGUUGACGGAACACAUCCAGGUGAAGAGCAGCGAACACAGCAAGAGCACGGAGAUGAUGCGCAUCUUCCCCUCCUUCGUGUGGACCGUCAGAGACUUCACUCUGGAGCUGGAGCUGAAAGGCAAACCCAUCACUGCUGAUGAGUACCUGGAGAACGCACUCAAGCUCAAACCAGGAACACAAAUGGCGAGGUUCAACCAGGUGCGUCAGGGCCUGAGGGAUUUCUUCGCAGUGCGGCGCUGCUUCGUGUUUGAACGGCCGGCCAACAACAAAAAGAUGAAGAUUAUGGAGCAGCUGACAGACGAUGACUUAGAGGAGGGCUUCGUUGAGGAGGCCAACACGUUCUGCAGCUACAUCUUCAGCGAGGCCCAGCCCAAAACCAUGAGGGGUGGCCUCGGAGUCACUGGCAGGAGUCUGGGCUUUCUGGCAGAGACAUACGUGGAGGCGAUCCGCAGUGGGAAGGUGCCGUGUUUGGAGAGCGCUGUGGAGUCGCUGGCACUGAUUCAGAAUGGGCGAGCCGUGGCAGAGGCUCUGGCCCACUACGAGAAGGAGAUGCAGCGCUGGGUGCGAUUGCCCUCCGAGACACAGGAGGCGCUGUCCCAAAUCCACUCUGAAGCCAGCACACAGGCCAUCAGCAUCUUCACCAAUGCCUCCUUCAACGACAAUCAACAAACCUACCAGGACGAGCUUAUGAGGAAGAUGGCGGAGGUGUACGACGACUGGUGCCUGCGUAACGCGGAGGAGUCUCGUCGUGUGUGUGGGGAGGUGCUGGCGCGUGUGUUCGGGCCCCUGGAGGCCGGUGUCUUGCGCGGGGCCUACAUGAAGCCGGGGGGCUACAAGGAGUACAAGGCCGCCCUUGACGAGGCCACCGCACAGUACAAACGAGAACAAGCCAGCGAACUCAUGAGAGAGGAGGUACUGUUGUGCUAUCUGAAGGACAAGAUGAGUAUUGGACAGAGCAUCCUGGCAACAGACAAGUCACUCUCAAAAGCAGAACAACAGGCAAAGGAGGAGGCUCUGCGGAGAGAGGAGGCUGAGAGGAAACGCGAGCUGCUGGAGGAGCAGGCUGCCUUGCAGGAGGAGGCCCUGAGGGCGGUCCAGAAGAGUCAUGAGGAGGCGGUGAGGCGGAUGCAGGAGAAGAUGGAAGAGGAGACGAGACGCAACAAGGAGGAGCUGGACCGCGUGCUCACGGCCAAACUCAAAGAGCAGGAGGCGGCCAUAAUGGAGCAGUCAGAAAAGCGUGUGAAGGAGCUACAGGAGGAGGUGUCGCGACUGCGUGAUGAGGAGAAGAGGGUGGCGCAGCAGCAGCAGCAGCAGGGUGGAGGUUUCUUGGACACCACUGCUGAUCUCCUGACGAACGCCGGAAAUGUAGCUUUAUGGGUAGCUCCUGGUCCCUGGAAGGUAGCAGGGGGUGCAGCCAUGUUAGCAGGUGGUUUUUUACGCAGCUUCAGCAGAUAACUCACGUGCUGCACAGCAUUGUAACGCCACUCCACAUGUAGUUUAUAAUUUAGAUAAAUUAGAGUAGGAUAGAAUAUGUCACCAUGCAGGACACAUGCAAUGUACACUUUUGCAAUCUGUUUCAGUGGCCCGACUGAGCGCGAUCAAAGACACAGAUUGCUGUAGGCCUACAAUUGUUAGUUAUUAGCUGCUUAUCAUCGUGUAUUCCGUCAUAGCUAAUGGUUAAUAGCAAAUGGCUAGCAGUGUGAAUCAAAGCCUCAUUCUUCUCUACCAUCUCUCUGCCGUUUGUAGCGCUGUACGUUUACAUGUCCAACAGGGGGAACCCUAACAACAUUACAGUCAGAGCCUUAUAUAAAGAGAGUCUGGCCAACUAUGGGUUCGAACGUUCAAGCUAUCCCGCUAUUUUGAUUGGUUCUGGGCUGGUCACAUGUUUCAUGGAUGCCGUUUUCGUUCCCCACGCUCCCAUUAAUGAGCAU